GCAUACACACUCAUCCCAAGCAUAUCAAGGAGGCUUUCUAGAACGCAGGACCAUUUUGUUCUCUCUUCCAGCCCCUCAAGCCAAAAUAGCAAUGAACAAAGAAUUGCUUAUUGGAGGUAAAAGCUGUGCGAGCUAUGGAAGUAACCACCUUCUCCCUGCAAGGACUGCGGAAGGUGCACCUGACCAAUAUUCUGCCUACGAAGGAGCCUCUGCACCCCCUUUUGAGCUAAUGGAGAAUGGAAUGAAAAAUACUGGAGACAAAUCUGGCCAAGCUAAUCAGUUGGCCCUUCAGGAGCAUGAAGAAUUUAGUCCAUGCCAGACAGAGCUGAACACCGUCUAUGUUUCUGAGCAGGACAUUAAAGAAGCUCUCCUGCAGUAUGUAUCCAGCAAGUGUUUCUAUAGGACUGCUCCUGCAAAGCAUAUGAAAGUCCAGAACCUCAUCCCUCUCAACACAUACAGGUAUCAUCUAGAGACCUUUACUGAACAUCGAGAAACGCACCGGGCCAGUGAGCUUUACAAAGGUGGAUUUGUAGACUCUUGUGCUGUUGCGCCCCCUCCUGCCCUUUGGGAAAUAGAAGUGGAUCCUCCUCCAUUGUUCACAGACUGUGAAAUGCAUAUCCCAGUACCUCAUACAUAUUCAGUGGAGCACUGUCCAAACUGCAAAGGACGUGGCAGAACUGAAUGCACAUCGUGCAAUGGAACUGGCAAGAAAACAUGUUCUGCUUGCAAUGGAAGUGGGACUACCGAUCAGGCAGACUUCAAUAUCUGUUCAUUUUGUGGAGGUUCAGGAACGGUUUGUUGUUUUAUGUGUGGAGGCAAUGGAUGGCUGAAAUGUUAUCGUUGCAGUGGGAGUGGCAUCUUGCUGUUUCAUACUGAACUAACAAUAACUUGGAAGAACAACAGAACAGAGCAUGUAGUAGACAAAAACUCAGGUUUUCCAGUUUACCGUUUGCAGGAAGUGACGGGGAAAGGAAUAUUUACUGACGAGCACUCUUUGGUAUAUCCCAUUGUUAAUUUCCCCGAGUCAUCUAUUAAUGAGGGUUCACGGGCGUGCAUUGAACAACACAAAAUGCAAUUUGCAUUGGAAAGUCGCAUCUUAAGGCAGAAACAAACCGUUGAGUUGGUGCCUGUGUCGAAGGUAGAAUAUGAAUGGAAAGGGAAGCUCCAUUCCUUCUAUGUGUUUGGCAAUGAGAAGAAGGUAUAUGCCAAAGACUAUCCAGGAGAGUGCUGCUGCACAAUCAUAUGAUACAAGGAGAGUGUUCAGCCCACCUGCUCUCAGUUGUUUGCUCUUUGCUGUCACUUGCAGGAAUUUACUAUUAUCAAAGACUUUAGAACUCUCAAGAUGACAUGCAUGGCUUCAUUCCUAGAAAUAUGUAGAUGUGGGCUGUUCUCUCUCACUGAUGCCAUUCCUGCAGAUCAUAGACAUUAGCAGUAUUUUUGAGUUGGGAAGAUGAAGGAACAAGCACAUAUGUUGCUGUACAGGAAAACAAAUCCUGAAGCAAUUGUAUUAUUAAGACCAAAUUGAGUAUCAGAGAGCAGUAAGCGAGAUUUUGAAUUCUCCAGAACUCUUCAUCAGGUGGUAUAUUCAGUACAGCAAUAGAGACAGAUUGGGAAAGAGCUGACUUGGAUGGCCCAGGCUAGCCUGGUCUUGUCAGAUCUCAGAAGCUCAGCAAGGUUUUUCUGGUUAGUAGCUGGAUGGGAGACCACCAAGGAAUACC